GCAACGGAAAACGAAUUCAAACGCUCGGCGGCCAGAAAAGCGAUGGCUGUCGUCUCGAGGAGUAUAGGGCUGUUUGUGGCGGUUUUGCUAUGGUGCAGCGGGACUGAGGCUCUCUGGUGGCCUUUCUCUAGUGGAGGAGGAGAAGAAACGCCGCCAGCAGCGGCCGCUCCAGCGCCGCCCAGCGGACCCGUCACUUUCGAGAUGAACAGUGCAGAGCAGAAGUUCUUGGCGGAAGCUCAGGCGAUGCUCAACCUUCCGCCGCUGGAGGCCUGCCAGCAUAAGGUUGUGCGGGAGUUGAAACAGUCGUGUGGCGCCAUGGGGGAGGAGAAGCUGGGGAAGAUGUCUGUGGCUCUACUGAACUGCCAGAGCCAGGCCGAGAACAGACCGACUUUCACCUGCACCCUCGACAUGACACUGGCUGAGUGUACGACUGACAUGGACCCCACUGUGUGGAACGCCUACCACAUCAUCUCCAACAGAGCUCGCUCCGUCUGCUACGCCACACGACAGCAGAUGUUCAGACGACAGACCGAGGCAGUCGUCAACAAACUGUCUUCCUCCUCUCUCCAGCAGAUACAGGCAAUGAUGGAGCUGUCAGAGCAGCAAGCUGAGGUGAAGAAUUUGGCUCAGUCUUCACUGAAGACCCUUCAGGAGGCCCAGAGAGAAGCGAAGGUGAGGGAGAGAGAGAUCGCUGCCAAUGAGGAGGGAAUGAAGGAGAAGAUUGCCUCCAAUCUGGAGCACCUCGCGAGGGAGAAGGUCCUCAUUUCCAGUGGCCAGCAACUGAUUGCAAACAUGACCAGCGACAUACGCCAACAGCUUGAGGUGGCAAGUGAAAUGCUGGGAUCUCAGGAACAGAAUCUAAAGGCCAGUCAGAAGGAGAUAAUGGAUGACAUAUCAACUGUGAGGGAGAACAUUCAGGGAGUCUGGGGCAGGAUUGACAACAGGACGUCGCAGCUGCUGGGUGUCCUACAGGACAUCACUGACCACUAUCAGGACACGCUGGAGAGCCUACGGGUAAUCAACGAGACUCUGGGUGGGGUUCAGGAGAUGGUGGAGGGAAUGAAUGCAGCUGUUCACACCCAGCUGGACUGGGUAAUUGGGCAACUGGGCGGAGCCAACCACGGCCUCAGAGUCCUGAGCAGCUGUGCAGGCCACGCCCUCUUUCUCCUGGUUGCCAUGUUAGUCAUCGUCUUCCUCAGAGCUCCGGCUGUUGCAAGAUUCUUCCUCCUCGUCUCCGUGGUUACCAAUGCCGUAUGUGACGUGAGGAUGGGUGUGGCACUUACUUACUCUGCUCUGGCUACUAUGGCAACCAUUGUUGUUCUCUUGAACUGGCUGUGUGUUAGUCUGAAACGAAACAGAAAGACAGCACCUCCUGUUUUUUCACUCCCAAACUCUCAACCUUAUGUCCACACCCACUCUGACCGUGCCCCCUUUGAACAAGACCACGCCCACAACCACUCGCUGGCCUCUAGUCUGGAUGAGGAUUCCAUCAUUGAAUACGAGGUUGAGAAGCCAGCCAAUGGCCGAGCCUCACGGGAUCUCACUCCACAGUUUUUGGCUGCCGAGACUCUUAGCUCCACCCCUUCCAAGGCCUUGUCUGGCCCCGCCCGCUGCGUUGCCAUGACGAAUUCUGGAAUGCAGUGUCGUCUCCGUUCCAUUCCAGGGUCUGUCACCUGCCACAGGCACUGCUGAGGUUCUCAGCUUCUGAAUUUUGAACUGCAAGAAUUGAAUUUUAACGCUUUAAGCAGAAACAUUAUUUUUCUUGUUUGGGUUUAAUAAUUGUUGUACACUUGUACAUAUUUUUAAUGGUUGUAAAUUUGUUUUUAAUUCACUGUCUAACGAUUACACAUUGUCUUUGUCAAUAAAAAAGAAGGUGGGUAUGUCUAAGAGAAAAGAGAAGAUGUCAUGAAGUGUGGAGGAUGGAAAAGAGGGAGGAGGAAGAGAGGGGUAAAAUUGGUUUGCUCCUACGACACUUGUCAAAUAUCUCUAUGGCAAUAUCGAGGGUCUCGGUCACUAGUGGAGGCAUCAGAGACUGGAGAGUGGCACAGUUGGUGUGCAUGGCUGGGUUUACAUUCACCUCUAUCAGCCACACCUGUGGCAACAUGAAAAAUUCUGAAUAAUGGGACACUUGGAACAUCGAAGGUGUGGAGAUACACUAAUGUAU